AUGGGUACAAUGAUCAAAGCGGAUCUGACAAAGGCGACGCCGGCGCCAGCUCCGGUCAGGAGUACUACCAAUUACUUCUUCUAUCCCGCCCAGAACGAGCCGCGCUAUGAGUUCCGCAUGAAGUACUGUGACCGCAAAGUUCUCGACAUCAAGUUGGGCUUGAACGUGCCCGAAGUACAGCCUAAGCGCAUGCUAGCCCCACUCCGCGCGUCGCGAGCUUCAGGCUCCGGUCUCCGCAUCUCCAAAAGACGUCGGUCCCCAUCGACUUCCUCCUCCGACUCCUCUUCCAGCGAUGCUGAGACGUCAUCGAACUCAUCCGACUCGUCAUCCGGCUCUUCGUCCUCGUCCUCCGAUUCGAACGCCGACGGCUCUGCCGAAGAGUCAGGCGGUGUGAGGACUUCUUCGAAGAAACGCGACAAGGCAAGUCCAAUCUUCUGUUGCGAGAAGAAGAAAGCGAAAGCUGCAGUCAAGAAAGCACGCGAGAAGCUCCGCAAGGCCAAGACGAAAGCCAAAAAGCAGGCGUCGAAGCGGAAGCGGGAGAAGAAGGCAGAGAAGCGGGCGAAGCGGCGGCCAGUCCCUAUCGACCUGACGGGCGACUCUGACGACGAGUAG